GACCCAUCCAUUCUAUUCCUAAUCCGGUGCUGCAGGUGACGUCUCUCUUUUGCCUUGCGCCCAAGUAUCUUGUCGACCUACAGGGCAAAAGUUGUGGACGCUCAUGCCGGUUCUCGUGAAGAUGGUGUCCCAGGGCCUGAUUUGAGAUCAUUUAUAGUACUUUGACAGUUGAUACGAUGUUAUUCAACGUGGGACUUUGGUAACUAAACCAGUCUCCAUGCUGUUAUCGUCUUGUUGGAAGUCGGUGUCGAAUUUCCCCUCUUUAAUGCAUCCCAGGCUACCGUUUAAGAAACGCACGCUCUUUGACGCAAUGUAUUGGCCUAGAGCUCGACACGACGUGCAUGAGUGGUGGCACUCGUGCAUGCAUACGGAAGGUAAGCUGAGUGCUAGACGCCGCAUAUCAUUGUCCUCCAAGUGCGCUCCGCUCCCUUUUGCUAUUUUUGGUUUUUUGGUUAGUACUUCCUCGCCCAUAGAAGCCGUCGCCAUUUCAGUUCCGUUGUCUGCUUGCUGGUUUAUAUACCUUUUAAACUUGGCGGCAUAUCAACUUAAUAGCUACUUAUCGGUAUACAUGCCUCCCGAAACAAUGAGACAUCUGGUCUUUGAAGAGAUCUCUCAAUCCAUGGGAACCCCUUGGUUGUUCGAAAGCCCAGAUGAAAAACAGUUUGACACUUGUCGAGCCAUAACAGCGAAAACCAACGUUCGAUGCCCAAAUAGGACAUACGCUGCUAAGGAGAAAAGGGGAGCGCAAGCAAGAACGCAAUGGCAAAGUUUUGCAACACUGCAUCAUGCCACUAUUCUAGACGAGCCUCUUUUUGAGGCACUUCAGUCAUACGUUACGCUUAUACACUGUGGUAAACAUGUGAAAAUAGCUUCGCGCAUAUUCAAAGAAUGGCGAGAUUCGCGAACGAUGGUUUCUGAAUCAGAGACCGUAGAGACGUCUUCGCAGGACGACCUUUCUCGCGAAGAAAAUCCAGCUUAUGACGACGUCCAGAUUGACGAAAACGAUGAAGUCGAAGAACGGACUAUGGAUCAUGUUGCCAAGGUCGCUUCUAGCGAAAAGGUUGAUUGUCAUGUAUCUGUUACAGAAAUUGUACAGGGGAAUAUAACCAUGACACCUGAUACUCAUGAUUUUGGGGAAGCUAAGCCUACAGCGGUGAGCCGGAAGCAAGUCGAGGAAGUAGACUUGCUUAUCACGGCAGGAGUGGCGACGCUUCAGAUUACCGAUGUCACUGAGCACGAAGAAAAGGUUCAAGUUGAAAACAAUGGCAACAUCACGAUGCAAUCUUCAGAUGUCCAUGUCGUUAAAAGCACCCAUACAGAGACAUUCCCAGAACUGGGCACCACCAAACUCCAGCGCGUCAACUCGCUGCGGGAUGAUUCGAGCAUCUUCAGGGAGAUGCACAAGCCACUCAAAGGCCAUGAUCUCAAGGAAGGUGUGGUAUAUAUUCUCAAGAUGAACGGGCGGGACGAUAUGUACAAAGUUGGCUGGACGGAGGGGACAGCCAUAAAGAGGCAUGGCGACAGUGGUAAUUGCUAUGCCAUCAACACACAGAUUGUGUAUGAGAGCAAAGAACGCUUUUAUGGUGCGUACAGAGUUGAGAAACUCGUAAAAACCAUUCUGCGCCGUUCAAAUCUCAUUGUCAAGGAUUGUAUACACUGCGGUAAAGGGCACACAGAAUGGUUUCGAGUAGCCUGGGUAGAAGUCUGGAAGACAAUGUGGCUCAUGGAGACUCUGGUGAAGCUGCCUGGGUAUACAGAAAAAGACGGCGAAAUGAGGCUGUCCGAGGAGGCAUAUGGUCUAAUUGAGAGUAUGAGCAAGUUUGACAUGGGGAAGCUCGAAUUGGCUAUGGAAUCAACGGCAGCUAGCCAAGAUGAUGACACGGGACUGUCUUCAGAAAUACCAGCACCAACAGCGGAAACAGUGCAAGACCGGGAUAUGCCCCUUCAGUCCAUUGAAAGUAGCAUAAACACACGCCAAACCCGAGGCCACAAGACACGAGCUGCACAAAGGAUUGGACAAAAGUCGGGAAUUGUCAUGGGAAAGAUGGCGAAAGGUGCAAUGGAUCUAUUGGCAUAUACCAGACGUACCAUGUCCGCUGAGCCAGAUCAAGACGAUGGGGAUGAGACUGGGCGACGAAGGUCGCUAAAGAGUAUAGCACAAGGCUGGAAUGCGCAGAAAGUGAUGGAACAGUUUCUAACGGAUUUCCGCCAAGAGUUUCAAAAUACAAUGGCGGGAGGGAAAAAGGAAUAAAGAGCUCGAGGAUAAGAAGUGGUAGCCAAUUUAACUAGGGGAUAAAUAGUAGUGACAGUACUAUGGUUUAAAUAACUGGGGGAAAGAAGAUUUAUAGUUGGUCUUGAGCCCUUCACUCGCGAUUAUAUUUAGUUUCAUGAUUCUAAUGUUGCUAUAAUUUCUUCAUUAUCAUCUAAUCAAGCUAUAUUGUAAAUGUAGGUUUAGCUAAUAAUUUAACUAUUAUUAAGAAGA